CGUUUUUCGCACAUUGAAGAUUGAAAUCUACGUGACCACGCCCACAGAGAACAAAGGCCUGUUUCCCGCACAUGUUGUAGAAAGACCAUUCUAACUUCCAGACUAUAUACCAGAAUGAAGUCUUCACGUACAGUUCGGCAAGAAUGUGGCGUCUGCCCGAUAUGACCCGAAACUCCCAGACCGUCCCAGAGUAGACAGCCGCACCACAAAGGGCAAGCUUCUGAGCAGACGGACCGCACCCGGCCGCGGCUCGAACGGUAGAAGCCGCAACAGUGUACCCCACUGCCCGCAACUCGAAGAGCUGUAGUUGCAUCAUGGCUUGUCUAGUACAAGGAACGGGAGACAGCGCUGGACGAAUAGGUGCUUCUCCUGAGAGCGGUGCCUCCUAUCCGGUCUGCGAAAUCAUGUUCCACUUCUUAUAGAGCACUACGGUCUGCGAAAUCAUGGUCCACUUCUUAGUAGUGGUGCAUGUCGUUCUGCACGAAGUCCCUCGGGAGGUGCUGAAAGGUGGAAUCAGCAUGAUUUUUUCCAGCUCACGGUGAUCUAACAACGGCGAAAUUCCUGUCCCUGAACGGGUAGCGCGCCGCGAUAGUCCUGUGUUGCAGGGGAGCUCUGUAUGGGUGAACACUUCUUCGAAAGUGCAGCACGGGUCUGCCAACACGCCGUCUUGCGUCCCGCUGACGCUGCCGGGGGAUACAGCAGCGCAUCAGUAGUCGGCACUGGAGUGCUGCCUCAUCGUCGUCUGGGGGGAAGCUCGAGAUUACGGUCGCGGUCGGUAGAGCGCCGUCGUUUGCCCACAUCAAAAAAGACGUCGGCGAAGGGAGCUGGUGGUACGACGGGGGCGGCAUCUGCCGACAUGCGCUGCUACACAGAAGUAGUGGUAGUAGAACCAAGCCGCGCAACAUCGUCGCGUACAGCUGCUGCACAAAAUGAAGACAAAAGAGCAGAUAGAGCAGCAGAAGCUGUCUCUGCUUGCAGGCGUCGCGGCGGACCCGGUCAUCGACGUGAGCCUAAAGGAACGAGAGGCCUACGUAAUAUCUGGAAGGCCCCUAAAUCUAAAAUGGAACUACGGCACACCAUCGGAAAAUGCUGCCGAAGAAGAUGCUGCUCGGAACGUACUGCAGCAUGUGGAAUCGGCGGGCAGGAGUAG